UUUUCAUCUCCCGCCGCACCUUCCCUCCUUUUUUUUUUGUAAUUUACUUUUUCAUCUCUUCCUCCCAAAAUCUCUUCUAACCAACUCCAAACCUCUCUCUCUCUCUCUCAAGUCUCAACCUUCACCAUGCAGCCUCAGCCUCAGCCUCACAUCUCCCCAACCUCCGCCCAAGCCGCGAUCUCCGCCGCCCUUAAAUCCCAGCGACUCCGGAAAAACCGCGGAAGCUACAGCUGCGGCCGAUGCGGCCAGCCCAAGAAAGGCCACGUCUGCCACCUCCCUCCUCCUCCUCUCGACGUCCCCGCCACUCCCAUCGCUCCAGAGCCACUCGCCUCCGUCUCCAUCUCCGCCGCCGCGUCCUCCUCCACUCGUCCCCCCGCUCCUUCACGCCAGCCUUUCACUCACCUUCGCCGCGCACUAUCUUUCGACGAUGACGAGGCUCGCGAUUCGAGGUUUCACGCGGCGGGACUGUGGGAGGUGCUCAAGAGGCUGCCUCCGUCUGGGUUGCUGAUGGCGGCUAGGGUUUGUAGAGGGUGGAGAGAGACCGCCGGGAAGAUGUGGAAAGCUGCGGAGGAGCUGAGGAUUAGGGUUCCUGAGAGGGCUCAGAUUGGUUACGUUGGAUCGUUACUGCAAAAGUGUCCUGCACUCGUUAGACUCUCUCUUAAAAGUCGAGAGUUCGACGCGACAACUAUUGCCUGCAUUGCGUUUUCUUGUCCGAAUCUGGAGGUUUUGGAGAUUUCAACGUAUGGUGCAGCUGUUAAUAGGAUCUCUGGGGAUGAGCUGGGUCGGUUUGUAUCUAAUAAACGUGGACUUAGAAGCCUUAAGAUGGAAGGAUGUUCUAGCUUAGGAGGAUUUACCCUCGCUUCAACAAGCCUCUCCACUCUUUGGCUUGCGGAUCUUCAUUCUCUCUCUAAGAUGAUCUUUAACUGUCCAAAUCUGAUAGAAUUAUCACUUGAGUUUUCUCUCCAAGAAGAUGAUUCAACUGAUCUUGUAGCAAUGAUUGAUGGUUUGGGAAGGACUUGUACUAGACUGCAGAACAUUCACAUAGCCUCUCUGAAGCUUUCACACACUUUUGUACUUGCUCUCACUGCUGUGAAUUUCAGGGAUUUGAGAAUGCUCUCGCUAGUUCUUGGGAUAGAUAUUACUGAUGCAUCUGUAGCCGCCAUUUCCUCAACUUACACAAAUCUCGAACUGCUUGAUCUGAGUGGUUCCAGCAUUACUGAUACUGGCCUUGGGAUGAUCUGCGAUGCCUUACCUGACACACUCUCUAAAUUACUUGUUGCUCUUUGUCCCAACAUUACAUCAAGUGGCAUUCAGUUUGCUACUGCUCAACUACCUCUUCUUGAGCUGAUGGAUUGUGGCAUGUCUGUGUCUGAUCCCACUUCAGAUAAUCUGACAUUUGAAGAGAAGAGUUCUACUCCGCAAAAAGCAUCAGGCUACAAUCAGAAGAUGUUUAUUAAACAUAAACGGUUGAAGAAACUCAGUUUAUGGGGAGGCUCCAGUUUGGACGCUUUGUUCCUAAACUGUCCAGAGCUCAAGGACUUGAAUUUGAACUCGUGCAGCAAUUUGCAGCCUGAGAGCUUGGUGCUCCAGUGUCCAAAGUUGGAACUUGUGUCCGCAUCAGGAUGUCAGAACCUAUUAAUAGGAGCUAUCCGAAAACAGGUUUCUGAGAACUUUGCGGCCGGUGAAAACCAUAUGCCACUGAAACGCUUGGCUGAUGCGUCGAAAAGGAUACAGGCUCCACCUUCCUUGUACCAAGAGACAAGAGAAGAUGAGAAUAAGAAGAAGAGAAGGAAGGUUGAGAGAGAAGUGUGCAUAAUUAUACAUUAAUAAUGAACUCUCGAUCGGAUCAAUAUUCAAUAAUACUCAUCUUGGGCUUCGUUCUUCUACCAACUCUGUUUAAAUGUACAUCUGAUUAGGUUGGGUACGUAUGUUUUUUAUUCCUUGUGAACUUUAUAAAAUAUGAUUAAAUUAUUUUUAAAAAAAGACUUCAGAAAGAAAAA